AUGAAAUAGCAUAAUGUCAUUAGCAAUGAUAUUUUACCAGCGAAUGUAGCGGUCGUAAUUUUACGAAGAGGAGCUCUAAUUAAUAAGAAGAAUUUAUCGCCAUGUAUGUAAUUAAUCCAUAUUUUGGAAAAUUGUGAAUCAACAUAAAUAAAUAGCCCAUUUUCAUUAACUCAGAGAAUUAUUUAAGCUUAAAAGGCUACUGCAUUUAUAACAAGGAGAGCUUUUGGAAUACAAGUGAGUCCUUUUUGCAUAAAUAAUCAAACCUAAAAAUAGUUAGCACAAAAGCUGAUCUAAAUUCUAAAAGCAAUUUUAUUUUUGAAUAUUGACCAUUACCAAUUUCUUUAUCACUUAGCGUCAUUCUUUUGCAUAAAAUUUGAUGUCUCUCAUAUUAGAGAUAAAAAGGUAGAAAAGUCAUCCCCUUUAGUGAGUUUUAUCCUCCAUUGUUAUCCGAAUCCUAUGAUUAAACAGUUUUCAAAUAAUAAACUUAAAAUUAAACAAAUAAUUUUACAUAUAAGAAACGAAUCAGCCAUCACAACUAAUUAUAUUAUUUUGAGACUUCUAGCUAUUGUGAUUUCAAGAUUAAUCAAGAUCUAACCAGUCUCAAAUUAACAAUAUACGCUACCCCUCAAAUAUUAGUAUGUAGAUUUAGUCCUCACUUAAUAUUAUAGAAUGGGAAUAUACUAUUAGUAUCUUUAAACGGGAGUGUUCUAGACACUAUAUUCGACCCUUAGCUUAAGUAAAUUGUAGGAUAAAGUUACUCAUAACAUUUAGUUAAUAAUUGGAAAAUAAAUUAAAACCGGAAUAACCAACUUUAAAGUGCAUAAAAAUCAAAUCUCUGAUGAGUCUACCCACGAUUCUUUUUGCGAGAUUUGGUGA